CAUUAAUUCACGAAUGAAAAAUUAAGAUGGAUUAAAAUACUAGAACUCAAAAAUGUGUAUCUAAUAUUUUUAUGAAAGGUGAAUAUAAGAAACAGUGAUCAAUAUCAUAACUCCUAUAACCAAUUGGCGGAUCGCCGAUUUUCGUGUAAGCCCCGCCCACCAUGACGACGGUAACUAGCCCGACAUUAAACGCAUAAACAACAUGGCGCGGAUCAUGUCGUUAAAGGACAUACCAGACGAUUUUUCCGCAUCAUACAUGUUACAUACACCGUCCCUUCGGCAAAAAGAACGGGCUGUCGCGUUUAUGAAGGAUUCCUAUGUUAAAUCAGUCAAAUUAUAUACACAAGGACGCGAAAAUAUGCUAAUAAAAGCCGAAGUAUAUCGGAGUCAGAGGAAAACGGAGGACCCACACAAGAUCAACAUUGAUGUCAACUUUGAUGGGAAGAAAUUAGACGAUGCACAUUGCAGUUGCAAAGCUGGUAACUCGGUGCAUUUUACCAAUGUUUGUGUUUCCAGUUACUUGCUAACUAAAGGGUGCACAUACCAGGUCAGUGUAACUAUGAUUCAGUAUCUUUACCAAAUACAGGUACACACCUUUCCCAAAAGCCUUUUAGAUAAUUAUACUGCACAUAUACAUGUAAAAUAAUUUUGUAUUGUGGUACAUGUAGUAUUAUAAUGCUAUUGUUAAUUUGAUAAAUGUAUAUUAUGCAAAUUUGGUGUGUGGAGAUUGGUUUCUAUUUUUUCAUGUUGUGUACAUAUUACAGGGAGUCAGGUCAAUGUGCACAUGUCUUAGCUGUUAUCAUGAAUCUGGAGCAGUGGAAGAUUUCUGGUUUUGUUGAAAUUCCCUCAAUGCUGUCAUCAACUUCCCUACCCCAACAGUGGGAUAAGCCAAGAGGUGACAAGAUUCAACCAGAACCAGUGUCCCAGAUGAUCAUUUCCAACCCAUCAAACCUAAACAGAAAAAGAAAGCCAAUUGUGGCUUCCUUUGUUGACACACGGAAAACUGAAAUCAGUGAAAUGGAUAUGGAAAUCCUGAAAAAGUUUAAACAAGCCCCGAUUUCCUAUCUGGUAUCCACAGCAGCAGGAUCAACUGUUGACACUCCAUUCGGUGCUCAUUACAUAGGAUCUCCUCUCAGCUAUCAUGCACCAUUGAUUUUACCUAUUACAAAACCCCGUGCAGCAGAAAACUGUGGAAGUACUGUUCCCAAAAGCCCUUCAUACCUGCGUUGACCUUGAAUGCAUUCAAAACCUUACACAUGAAUGGACUGAGCUGAAUUUGACACAGAGUGAUGCAAUUAAUUUGGAAAAAUCAACAAGAUCUCAGAGUCUGAACCAAAUAUGGCAUACAGAACGAAGUAAGAGAAUAACGGCAUCCAAUUUCGGACUAAUCAUAAGAAGAAAAAAAGACGUAAACCAGAAAUUUUUAAAGAACACAUUUCAAAAGAAUGAUUUCACAUCUUCUGCUACAUCAUAUGGUAAAGUGAAUGAACACAUUGCCAAGCAAAUGUACAUUAAGAAAACCGGACACCACCUUCAUGAUAUAGGAUUGAUUGUAAACACAGAACUACCAUUUCUAGGUGCUACUCCUGAUGGCAUAGUGUGUGAUAAGUCUGAAAGUGGCUUGAUUGAAAUUAAAUGCCCUUACUCUGUCAGAGACAAGACCACCAGUGAAGCAUGUGAAACAAGAAAUGAUUUCUUCCUCCAAAGAAAUGGCGACACUUUCAGCUUAAAACAUGAGCAUUCCCACUGGUAUCAAGUCCAAGGACAGCUUCUAGUUACUGGAGCUCCAUUUUGUGACUUCAUUACAUAUACCAAACAAGACUUAUAUGUAGAAAGAGUUUAUCCAAACAAGUCUACUAUGGAUGUGUUAGUUCAGAAACUAGCUAAGUUUUAUGUCCAACAUUUUAAGCCAUUUAUCCACAAAUGUGAUUCUGAUCUACAUGUAUAAUGUUGAUUUACCACACCAACUAUGAAAACAAGAAUGUGUUUGUACCUGACAUAAUAUGCCCCCUCCCCUCAUAACAACAAGGACACAAUAAACACUGACUCAGUGUGACAGAAAGAUUUGUUUACAGGUCAUUAAUAUCUUUGUAUGGUAGAUAUAUGUAGAGAGUCUUGGAGAUAAAAUUCUGUUUGCUGUCAUACACUUAAAUUUGUAUAUAAAUGUACUAGAUAAUUCAAAUUCAGUUGAGUAAAGUUCUCUUUACAUUUUCAGUGAAGUAUUUACUUUUUUUUAAUUUUGGUGCAUAGAUC